GAUAAAUCUAUUUUUUCCCUUUGCUUAUUAAAAAGAUAAUUUACCAGGAUUUUUCAUAGUUACAAAAAGCCAGGUUAGGAUCCGGUCCUAGUCCUAGGCUCUAUGCUGUUUUCGGGGCCCAGUAGGUUUGUCUGGGCUCUGUGGCCAGACCUUGAGCAGCCCCCCCAACAAAACAAAUGGAGAGCAGCGGCUGCAUCCCGCUCUGCUGGAGCAAGGGGGCCUGCAUCUACGCACAGCACCCUCUACCAAAAUAUGACGGCCAGUUAGCCCCAGCAGGAGCACCUGAGUCCGGCAUGGCGUCCUCUUCCUACUUGGAACCCAACCUCAAUCACUCCGCAGCAGGUGGUUGUGGGGUUAAAUCCCGGUCUGGGAUGCCUGGCGGUACCGGUGUCGGUACCAGCGGCUCUGCUGGAGGCCUUGAGCGUCCCUCGGGCUCCAUGGACCGGGUUCUGAAGAUCUUCCAUUAUUUUGAGACAAACAGCGAACCAUGUACUUGGGCGAGUAAUAUCAGGCAUGGAGAUGCUACAGACGUCAGGGGUGUCAUCCAGAAGAUAGCUGAGAUCCACAAAUUGCGCUGCGUGUCCUCCCUGGGCCUCCGUCUGAGCCAUCUGCACUCUGAUGCACUCCAUUGGUUACAUCCUGAUUUGGGCGUGUGUCACGUCAGGGAGAAAUAUGAGAAACAGCACCCCCAGGAGGAGUGGAGGUAUGAGUUGCGGAUGCGGUACCUUCCUAAAGGUUACCUCAGCCAUUUCUCUGAAGACAAACCCUCUCUUAACUACCUCUAUCACCAGGUAAAAAGUGACUACAUGCAACAUAUAGCUGACCAGGUGGAUCAAGAUGUUGCUCUAAAACUGGGCUGUUUGGAAAUUAGGAGGUUCUUCAGAGAGAUGCCAGGCAACGCCCUCGAUAAGAAAUCCAAUUAUGAACUACUAGAGAAAGACGUUGGUUUAAGAAGGUUCUUCCCCAAAAGCCUGCUGGACUCCCUCAAGGCGAAGACUCUUCGUAAACAGAUCCAGCAGACCUUUAAACAGUUUGCUAACCUCAAUGAUGAACAGAGCAUCCACAAGUUCUUUGAGAUAGUCUCUCCCAUCUACCGCUUUGACAAAGAGUGCUUCAAAUGUGCUUUGGGGUCUAGUUGGGUAAUAUCAGUAGAGUUAGCUAUCGGACCAGAAGAAGGAAUCAGCUACCUCACAGAUAAAGGCUCAAUGCCUACACACUUAGCUAACUUUAACCAGGUUCAGUCCAUCCAGUACUCUGCUUUGGAAGAGAAGGACAGGAAAGGCAUGUUGCAGCUCAACGUAGCAGGAGCUCCAGAGCCCCUCACAGUUACCACGGCAUCGCUGACUACGGCAGAAAACAUGGCGGACUUGAUUGACGGCUACUGUCGGCUCGUCUCCUUAGCUACUCACUCCUUCAUUGUCCGAGUCCACAAAGAGGGGGACAGAGCUCUGCCAUCCAUCCCCAAAGUUUCAAACCAUGAGAGGCGGAUGGAGAAACGGAUGGACGGAGUACGGACCCGAGCUGUUUGCGUCUCAGGUCACACUAGUGGCGAUGAAACGGACGACUAUGCGGAGAUCAUAGACGAGGAGGACACCUAUACCAUGCCUUCAAAAUACUAUGGACUAGAUCAAGCACGGGACUAUGAGAUUCAGCGAGAUCGUAUUGAGUUGGGACGCUGCAUAGGUGAGGGUCAGUUUGGAGACGUCCACCAAGGAGUCUACAUCAGCCCGGAGAACCCAGCCCUGUCUGUGGCGGUGAAGACGUGCAAGAACUCAACAUCAGACAGCGUCAGGGAAAAGUUUCUCCAAGAAGCAUUGACAAUGCGUCAGUUUGACCACCCGCACAUUGUGAAGCUGAUGGGAGUCAUCACAGAGAAUCCAGUCUGGAUCAUCAUGGAGCUCUGCACGCUUGGAGAGUUGCGGUCUUUUCUCCAGGUGAGGAAGUACAGUCUAGACUUGGCCACUCUCAUCUUGUACUCAUACCAGCUCAGCACGGCCCUGGCAUAUCUGGAGAGCAAGCGCUUUGUACACAGGGACAUCGCAGCGCGGAACGUGUUAGUGUCUACAGUCGACUGUGUGAAACUUGGGGACUUUGGUUUGUCUCGAUACAUGGAAGAUAGCUCUUAUUAUAAAGCAUCUAAAGGUAAACUGCCGAUUAAAUGGAUGGCUCCAGAAUCCAUCAACUUCAGACGAUUUACCACAGCCAGUGACGUCUGGAUGUUUGGUGUCUGUAUGUGGGAGAUCCUAAUGUUCGGCAUCAAGCCUUUCCAGGGUGUGAAGAACAACGACGUCAUCGGCAGGAUAGAGAACGGCGAGCGGCUGGCGAUGCCCCCUCAGUGCCCUCCUACUCUCUACAGCUUGAUGACAAAGUGUUGGUCGUAUGAUCCCAGCAAGAGGCCACGCUUCACUGAGCUCAAAACACAACUGAGCACUAUAUUAGAGGAGGAGAAGCUCCAGCAGAAAGAGAGGAGCAGGAUGGAGAUGAGGAGACAGGUCACUGUUUCUUGGGACUCUGGAGGGUCUGAUGAAGCGCCACCAAAACCUAGCCGUCGUCCCUCCCUGCAGCCCACCUUCAGUCUGGACUGUCUGUCUGCUCCUCCGCCCCACCAACAUUGCCAUCAAAACCAGCGCUUUGCCUCACAGCUUUCCCUCUGCCUUGGAAACCCUCAUCCUUACCUCCCCACUCCUCCACUCUACUCUUCACCCAUGCAAUUUCCCCAUCACUUUUCCUCUUUACCCAAUCCUCAAUCACCUCCUUUUCAAAACACCGAUGUCUACAAUCGCUCUUUGUCUGAGAAAAACACUAAGAUCAAGCUAGAAUCCAGCGUGUCGCUACAUGCUAACUUCUACUCUCCACCUCACAUUAGCUCAGAGAGCCAAUCCAAUGGCAGCUGCCCACACAAGACAAAUCCCCAGACUAACGGCCACCUGCUCUGUUCAUCCCAGCCAAAGUCAAACAACUCACCCUCCCAUCCCUGGCACCACUUCUCCCCACUGCUUUCCCAGUCUAGUCCUAACCUUAACUCCCUGCCCCGCAGCAUGUCAAAUAUUUGUCCCCACACCUUCCAAAACAUCCAACCCAACUCAAAUUCUAAUCUUAAAACCCUACCGGUACACAGCUUUCACCCCGGCUGCCAAGGUAAUCCCGGUGACUCUGACCCCCAGCACAAACACCCUGCUGUGAAGUCAUGUGGGAGGCCCCCGCUCGUCCCUAAUGCCCCCAUCACUCUUCCAGAGAAAGACCUCCCAGUACCCUCUGCCUGCACUCACCACCAUCCACCCAGUCGAAUGCUAAGCCUCCCUGUAACUACACCUUUCCCUGUUCCCUGCCCUGAAAGACACAUGUCCAGACCCUUGAAGCCCAGUAGACCAGGCUAUCCCAGUCCUCGCUCCAGUGAAGGUUUUUAUCCCAGUCCCCAACAUCCUGGACACUACCAGAUGGCGGGGUACCCCGGCCCUCACACCCUCCCCUCGGUGCCCAGCGCCCUGUACCCCCCACAGGCCGCCAUGCUGGACACACACCACGCACACACACACCCCCGCCAUCACGUCCACACACACUCACAGCACCUUCCCCAUCCACAUGGGCACGACAUGGCACUCUGGGGCUCUGCAAUGGAGGACAGGGCAGUAGACAUGCAGCAGUGUGUAGGCCAGCAGUGCCUGUUAAUGGAGGAACAGCUGAUGAUACAACAACAGCAGAUGGAGGAGGACCAGAGGUGGCUGGAGCAGGAGGAAAGGCUGCUGAAACCAGACUCUAGAAGUUCUAGAGGAAGUCUGGACAGAGAAGAUGGUGGACUCCAACCACCGACAGGAAACCAGCACAUAUACCAGCCCGUUGGCAAACCAGAGCAUGCAGCUCCCCCAAAGAAACCCCCUCGACCCGGGGCCCAGAGCCAAGUGGGCAGCCUGGCUGGUCUAAAUACUGGAGACAGUUACAAUGAUGGAGUCAAGCCCUGGCGGCUGCAGCCCCAAGAGAUCAGUCCGCCCCCCACCGCCAACCUGGACCGCUCCAACGACAAGGUGUACGAGAACGUGACAGGAUUGGUCAAAGCUGUGAUCGAGAUGUCGAGCAAGAUUCAACCAGCUCCUCCAGAAGAAUACGUUCCCAUGGUGAAGGAUGUGGGUCUGGCAUUGAGGACGUUAUUGGCCACAGUGGAUGAGACUCUCCCACAGCUUCCAGCCAGCACACACAGAGAGAUCGAGAUGGCACAGAAACUUCUGAACUCGGACUUGGCAGAGCUGAUUGGGAAGAUGAAGUUAGCCCAACAAUAUGUGAUGACCAGUCUCCAGCAGGACUAUAAGAAGCAGAUGUUGACAGCAGCUCACGCUCUCGCAGUCGAUGCCAAGAACCUGCUGGACGUCAUCGACCAAUCACGGCUCAAGAUGAUGUCCCAGUCCCGCCCACACUAGCCCCACGACAGCUGAGCUGACCAACAGGAAACUGGCCUAUUACCUGAGCGACAUCAUCCCUCAGUGGUGAGAGUUAUCGGCGCGGAAAACAACAGCAGCAGCUCUGAUGCUUUGACAAACAGUCCGUGAAGAAUCCUUAGAUGUUGAAUCCUCGAUGUGUUCGCUGAGCUCGACUCUCCACCACUGUGACUUUCGUAACACAAGAACAGAGCAAAAACACUUCCUGAAUCAGGGACUCGGCAGCUUCACUCUCUUUGGACUGUAAUAUAAUGACAAGAGGAGGAGAAAUUCAUUUUAAACUAUGGGUCUGGACCUGAGAUGAUCCUGAUUCCUGGGGUUUAAAAAGGUUUAAAACACUAUCAUGGGAGAGAUUGGAUCUGGAACUGGAUUAGCGAGGAUAACACUCUAAAGCAAAGCCAUCAGAACCUGAUCGGACUGCAACAUAUCUGCAUGAAACUUCACCACGGCUCAGACGUCAGCCAGCAGCCAUUAUUACUACAUUUGUUGAUAUCAUGUGUUGUGACCCCUGGAUGUGACAUUUCUCCUCGGUUUGAAAUACCUCCACAUCACUCUGGAUUCUUUAAGAGGGCAGAUCAAACCACAUGUUCUCUAUUCAGCUCUGUGGUGCUUUGAGUGGAUGCUUCAACAGUAGACAGCCUCCCACCCUCCUGUUUCUCUCAUCCAUUCAUCCCCGUCUCCCUCCGUCUCACCAGGUUUUAUUUAUAGACUCAGAAAUUGGAGGAGGAGGUGGAGGGAGAGGGAGAGCAGGUCGUCUUUCCUCGUGUUUUUCACUCACUUUUUCCUUUUGUUCUCACAGUUCGUCUCGUUCGUGAAGUCUUCCUCAGCUCCUCUCUGAGCCGCUUUUAAACGACUCCAAAUGUGAAGAAUCCAACUCUGCCACAGGCAGGAAACUCCCCAACUCGCACUCAGUUUAGUUUUAUUUCUUUUUAUCGGCUGGCUCCAUGUUUUUUGUGUCAUUUCAGCAGAAUCUUCUUCCUCUUUACUGACAACUGCUUGUAACGUUCAAGCAGAUAUUCAAUCCCAGCAUUGACUCUGAGGAGCAAAAAACUGAAAAAAGAAAAAGAUUUUGAGGCUACAGACUUGUGACUGGAUGCUUCCUGUUUGUCCCAGAGGGAGAACUGUGAGGACAGUGUCUCCUCUCCUGUCUUUCUCCACACCUUCAGUCCCAAAAUCAUUCAGUUGUUCCUGGUGUUACGCCUUCAACUGUCCCCUCACCCACUGGUGUCACAAAGUGAAUUUACUGGGGACACAAACAAACCUCACAACUGGAACCUCUGUGCUUUGAAUCCCGGUUUCUGUCAGGUGUAACUCUUUAAAUAUUCCCCUCCUUACAACACACACACACACACACACACACAAAAUGUGGAGCCACAUGACUGGAACUUGUCUUGCAGACACAGAACACUGAACUGAAAAUACAGCAGAUCACACGUGUCUUUGUUAAUAGUGACCCCACAUGGAGUAUGACAUACUGCUAUAUGAAAUAUACUGGUGACUGUACUAGUAUA